AUGGUCAACCGAUUUGUACAAGAAAGAAUCUACCGAACAAAGGUACUCGUUGUUCUUGACGAUGUAAAUGAGCUAGAGAAAUUAGACUAUUUAGCUGGAAAUCAUGAUUGGCUUGGCAAUGGAAGUAGAAUCAUUGUAACAACAAGAGAUGUGCAAUUGCUUAAGAACAUUGGAGCUCAUGGAAAAUAUCCCGUGGAGGAAUUAAAUUUUGAUGAAGCAAAUAAGCUUUUUUGUUCAAGAGCUUUCCGAGGACAAAGUCCCGCUAGUGGUGCUUAUAAGAAGCUAUCAGAAAGGGCGGUCAAUUACGCUCAAGGCCUUCCACUGGCCCUUAAAAUCUUGGGUAGCCACCUAUAUUCUAAGAGCACAAAAGAAUGGGAAAGUGAAUUGAACAAAUUGAAAAUGUUUCCCAACAGCAAAGUUCAGAAUGUGUUGAGAGUAAGUUAUGACGGGCUCGAACCAAAUGAGAAGGAUAUAUUCCUUGACAUCGCAUGCUUUUUCAAAUGUGAAGAAAAGGAUUCAGUAGAAAGAAUACUAGAUGGCUGUAAUUUUUUUGUUGAUACAGGAGUGAUAACCCUUAUUGAUAGGUCUUUGAUAACGAUCACACCUAACAAGAAAUUUGAGAUGCAUGAUUUGGUGCAACAAAUGGCUUAG